CUGAGAGAAGGAUACUGGGGGAAGUGGUGUGUUGGCAUUUUGGAGAAAUGGGGAUCGAAGUACAAUAAAACUGUAAAUGAUAUCGUCCCGCGUGUCCACAAACAACAGCCAGGCAUUUCGUAAUGCAGAAACACCUCUACUAAGUGACAUAUUCUCUCGAUAAACAAGAACAGUGCUGAGGAAGUAGAAUGGGGAAGAAGGAUGCCAUAUCGACCGGAUUACCAGUUGAUCAGUACCGAAAACAAAUUGGUAAGCAGGACUACAAAAAAUCAAAGCCAGCCUUGAAGGCCACGCGGCUGAAAGCUGAAGCAAAGAAGUAUUCCUCUGGAUUCAGGGAUGCAUUCCUGGUCAUUGCAGCAAUCCUGUUCUUUGUCCUGUGUGUCUACGCCUUCUUCUACCUCAACCUGAGCACCGAGAUCAACCUGGACGUGGAUGUGGAUUAAUUAAAUGUGGACCGUGUCGUGAAGACGUCUACACAGCAAACACGAGGACGGGACACAGUCUGUCAGCUUUUUUACACACUUUUGGUGACACGGUGACAAUGAACUGCCUCUUUAGGUGAAAUGAGAAAAUACAUCAAAUAUGUGUCGGGCCAUUUUUUUAAAAACUUGCAUCCUCUUGUAUCUACCAUUGAAUUUCUUCUUUCCCUUUAAUUUUUGCAGGGGAGCACAUAAACUGUAAUCAUUGUACUGACACGUAUUAUACUAUGGUUCUACAUCCAUAAAUGUUAGUUUCUUCCAUUCUUUCCCUGAGCCUGCAUCUGGGAGCUUUGAUUCUCUUUCCCUAAAAUAUUCAGUGACCUCUUGCAUAGUGGCACUUUAACAUUCUGCUACAAAAUCUACAAACAGCAAAGAAAAUGAGCCUCUUCUUCGAAACUACGGUCGAGACCAAGCCUCUUGUUACAGUAAUCAUAUUUUGCAGAGUCACGUCCCAAUGUUUUCUCCACUAAUAGAAAAAUGUAAAUCUCCCACUGAAGCUCUCGUCAUAUCCAGACAAACACUUCGCCUCACAUUCCAGUGCACAAACCUCUCCUCCCGUAUAUCUGGAGAUCACAAAGUGUGAGAUUAGAAUCCAAAAGCCCUCGCCCUGAUUGAAUGUGUGUGCAGAAUACAGAACAACACAUUCUACCUGCCACACAUACACACAGCACAGAGACAGACAUCCACAGGAUUAGCAUUACAAAGAUGAUCCUGUUCUUUCAUUUGAAUGAAAAUUACAGAGAUGAGUGAGGACUGAAUGGAGAUGAGCCUGUAUGUUUCUCCUAAGGAAAACCUUGACAGUUAUCGUGUCUUGUCAAAUGUAUGUAUUGUUGUCCCCUUAAGGAUGUGAUGUGUCUAUAUAUGAAUAGUUUUGUCAAAGGGCUUCCAUUGUUUAAGAGAUUAUUUGUUGGUGAAGGAGUGCAGAGUCAGGGGCUUUUAUUUCAUCCAUUAUCUUGCAAAUUUGUUCAUUUAUUUCCUUUUUUGUUUAUUCCAUGUUUUUCUUAGAACCUUAACUAGCAAUACCAAUACUGUUAUCUUAAAGGCAACUGAUGCAUUGUUUAGGAUAUGACUCUUAUAUUAGUGAAAUACAUAAAAGGCCAAUACCAAA